AUUUCAGGCUUUAGAAGCAAUCUACAAAUAUCUACAGAGGAUUGGUGUUGUUACCAACUCAUCUCUCACAGAAACCUUGGGAUUUAUGGCAUGCAGUUCGUGUCUGCUGUAUGUGUUGAGAGCCGGACAUCACCACAACCUCCGUACAUUGAUGUGGUUCUUCACACCUCCAAAAGUCAAACUUCAACCCGCAACUGACUCAAACCCAUGUCCCCACGAAGGAGAAUGUAGGAGCUACAUUAUUUUGAGUAGUCUCAAAUACUUUGGCUUGGGCUUCACACUUCAGAUGGUUCGGAAUAUUAUCAAAGAGCCAAGACAUCUCAUUCUUCACCCGACCAAUCUGUUCAGCUGUUUCCUGUCUUUGGAGACGUAUCUACUGGGUAUAUUCACCGGAGGAUAUGCACUGUCUUAUAAGCUAAUAAACUGUUGGUUGUGCCAAUGGCUGGGGAAGGACUCACCACUCUACGCUAUUCCUGCAGGGUUUCUAGCAGGAAGUUUCUACGCUGUACAACCAAAUCUACCUAUUGUUCUUAUCGCGCUGGCAAACCUUUUAAAGGUAACAUCGCAAUACCUGACAUUUAUUGGCGUCAUACCCAAUUAUCCAUGGGAAGAGUUGUCUUUCAUGUUGUGCAGCGGCCUCCUAUUCCACAUAAGAACAAUGCAUCCUCAAAUUUGUCCGAAGCAAGCUAUUCGGCUCAUGAGCACUAUGACUGGAACCAGAGCUGACGAUAUCUACUCCGCUUUCAAGAAGAACAUUGACAUAGUUCGGUUUUUGUCACCGUAGUUUAUUAUUGUUUAGUACACUAUCCAACUCUUAUUUCGAUAAUUGUCUCUUCUCAAACAUUAUUAUUAUUAUGAGAUACAAUAAAUAGUCAAUAAGAGUC